AUGUCAACCUCCGGAAUUAGUUUUACUGUCUCGCCUUGCGAGACCAAGGAUGACAUCAUCCAAGGCCACCGCAUCGCAACCGCGACCUUUGGCCGGCAGACCAACGACAGGAUCUGGCAGGGCUUCAACCCGGGCUGGGACACGCCCGAGGGGGAGGCUGCGGGCGCCCAGCGCUUCGUCGAGCGGUGGGAGAAGUCGCAGGCCGCCGACCAAAAGGACGAGCAGGGCCGCCCCUUUGUCGUCUUCCUUAAGGCGACCGCCCCAGACCCCGAGGACGGGAAGCCCGUCGUCGCCGGCUUGGCCAUCUGGGUGCAGGCCUCGGCCGUUGAGGGCAAGGGUGCGGUCCCCGUGUUGGACGUCGCUGAGGCGCAGGACCUGAACCAGCUCUGGCCCGGAAACGACACGGAGCACCAGUACCUGCGGCAGGCGGAGCGGGGUCUGCAUCGGAGGAGAAACGAGGUCAUUCGGGAAAAGGCUACCCAGGACCCACCGGCGGUGUUUGCCUUGGACAUGUGCGUGGUGGACCCUAGGUUUCAGCGGCGCGGCAUCUCACAGUCGCUGGUGCAGUGGGGGAUCGAUGAGGCGAGGGCCAGGAACGGACUUGAAUGCGUUACGGAAGCGUCAAGCAUGGGUCGUGGUUCAUACGCCAAGCUAGGCUUCAAAUGGGAGGGUGAGAAAGCUGUGGACAUGGACUAUGGUUUUGAUGAUAGGUUCAAAGAUCGACCGGCACCGCCAAACUUGUUCAUGCGGACAGGUUCUUUGACAAAGAGCUGA